AUGAAACCCAAGUCACGCUGCUCGAUUUGGAACGCCGCUCGACUACUUGUUCUCGCCGCCCGAUUCCCCGUCAUGCCUCGCGAUUCUUCUUUCCCGCCGCCCGAUUUCCCUUUCCCGUCGCCCUACUCCCCUUCCCGUCGCCCGAUUCAUGUUCCCGCCGCCCGAUUCAUGUUCCCGCCGCCCGAUUCAUGUUCCCGCCGCCCGAUUCAUGCGGGCCGCCCGUCCGCCCCUUCCCGCCGUCCGAUUCCCGUUCCCGCCGCCCGCUUCCCCUUUCCCGCCGCCCGAUGCGCCUUCCCGCCGCCCGCUUCCCCUUUCCCGCCGCCCGAUGCGCAUUCCCGCCGCCCGAUCCCCUUUUCCCGCCGCCUCCCUUUUCCCCUGUCCGUCGCCCGACCCCCCUUCCCUUCCUUCUCUCCCUUCCAUCCCUUCUCUCCCUUCCCUCCCUUCUCGCCCAUGUCUCCCUUCCUCUCCCUUCACUCCCUUCCCUCCCUUCUCUCCUUGCCCUCCCUUCCCUCCCUUCUCUCCCUUCCCUCCCUUCUCUCCCUUCUCUCCCUUCUCUCCCUUCUCUCCCUUCUCUCCCUGCCUUCCUGUCCCCCAUCCUUCCUUCCUUACGCACUCCUCCAGCCAUUCUCUUCUCUUGCAAUCCUCACUGCCAUCCUUCCCUUCCGCUAA